AUGGACAAAGGUUUGCCCACGACAAGUUCAAUAAUGAGAAAUUGCCACGCUAAUCCAACUGCCGCCUCAAUCGCACGUUGCGUAGUGCCGUCAUCACUGAGUGCGUUGCAGCGGGCUUCGGUUGUCUGUCCCUCCUCAGAGAAACAGGUACAAACAGAGGAAAUCAGAGACGAACAGUUUCUCAGCGCGGCCCUGCGAAAAUGCACGAAAAACUGCCACAAGCCAAGCCAGAUUGCUCACAGUGAGCCCGAUGACAUACUUGCUUCUCCCAUUGAAUGCACUAACAGCAACAUUCGCCGCACGGCCUCUUCUAUCGAGCUAGACAGAAUGCCCGUACAGCGCUGCAGCUACCAGUCGGAACGGUACACACUGCAACCACCGGUAGCUGGUGUUGCGGGCAUUGUGCCUGGUACAUUGAACCAGUUCAACUGCUGGAUUCCAUUGCGCCAAUCUAAUAGAGGUCGGGACAACGAUGGUCCAGUCAUUUUGUCUGCUGAUCGUAGCUCUAAAUGCUCAUCCACCUGGGACAAAUGUUCGCCUCAAGUAUUUCAGAUGCUUAUACCAGAGAUUACAGAUGUAGACCCUGAACCGCAGCUAAACGAGCCAUUGAGUUCUCGCUCCGUGACCUCACAGACCUCCAAGCGCAGUGCGCAGAUUCAAACCGAACUUACGCAGACGAGUCCAAUAGCGGAGCACGAAGGGGUAACUAUUGAGUUCCAGUUGCCGAAGAAACCAAUCGGUGAAGGACAUAUGCUACUUACUGAAGAGCAGCGCAUACUGCUCCUAGAGACUGCACGAAACCGCAAGCGUCAACUGAACAUGGAAUAUAACCGACUGCCUUUGUCGAUGAGCACGUUACGCGUGCGCAAUCUUAAGAUUCAGCUAGAGCAGCAACUGGACCUAGUCGAGAACGAUUUGCGGAUGCUUUCCGGCUCUAAAGUCUAUGUUAUUUGGCCAACACCAGAACACACGUCCUUCCCUAAAAUUAUAGACUUUUGA